UUGAAUAGAUGGUGAAGAAGAUAUAGGUUUUGCGGCAGCUGAGUUUUGUUUAUGAAUUGUGUGGAGCUAUACAAUAAAUUUCACUUGCUCAAAUUGGAAUUUCCAAAACGUGUAUUAAAAAAAAUCGUGAGAAAGGCCUUUCUCAAUUCUAAACAGAUAUUAAAUGCGACAUGCCAAUCAGAUUGUAAUCUUCUACACAUACAUGUAAACGGACGUCUAUUAAGUUAAUUAAGUUUUGAAAUCUAAUAAAAAAUCAUUAAGUGUUUUAAUUGAAAGUACAUUCAGUCAAGAUGAUGAAAUAAAGUCGUACCAGAAAUAUAGUGGUGUCAUGAUUUUAUUGUAAUAUACAAAAUAAAAAUUAGCGUUACAAGAUUUUAACUAUAUUUCUGCUGUGUAACCAAAAAUUGUGCAUACGCGGAUAAUUGUACUUACGUAUACAUACUUGGCUUAUGAUCAAAGGUUACAUCAUUGGUGCUAUUCUAUAUUAUUGAGGAACAUCUGCAGUACGACGACCGCUUGCUUCAAUAUAGAUCAACGAACUGAGUUUAAAUAAUUAACGCUAUUCGUUUCUUAUAUUGAAAGUAAAGAAUAAUCAUAUAAUCAGACCAAGUAAUAUCUAAUCUUUCAGAGCAAACAUAAACAUUCUGUCACAAAAGAGAGCCACUUACAGCUUCAGGCAAUUUUCAUUACGCCUACAAUUGCUCUAAUAUGUGCGAUAAUGACGUUACCGGCAAAUCCCCAUAUAAACAACAGUGGAGUGAUGUGUGCAAUGAUUGUCAACAACCGGAACAACAAAAUCAGCCAUUAUCCGCGGUAACACAAAUACAAAAGCAAUAUGAAAAUGAUAAAAAUUUGGAUGAAAUUGAAAGCUCGCUGGUGAGUUUUGGAGAAGAGGCAGCAAUUUCAGUAUGCCUAACAUCACAAUCAGAGCGGUUGACGGUUUCCCGUUUAACGGGUGGUUACGAUUUAGACAGCAACUAUUUACUUAACAAAAAUAAUCAGAUACCUCACAAAAAAAAAGUCUUUGGAACGAUGACUAACAUUGCAAAGAACCGCAACUUUAUAGUAGAUUUAUUAGCCAUAUUUUUUGGUAUUGGAACAUGGAUAGGUGUAAACGGUACCUUCAUACAAGUCCCCUUGCUGGUAAAGGAAGCGCCGGAAAGAUGGAGUUUAGCAUCGUAUCUAAGUGUCGCUGUGCAAAUUGGCAAUAUAGGUCCAAUUACAUACACUUUAAUACAACAUUUCUCAAAGAAAAGGAAAAGCGAUUCGUUAUUUAUUUAUAUUCUAUUGGUGUUAGGCACAUUGUCGGCUUUAUUCACCAGCUUCUUUUACCACAAAACUGUACGGGUAUUUGGAGAGGAGCGAAGCAUAGCUUUGUAUAUACUUACUUUCGUCUCCGCGCUUACUGCAUGUACGAGUUCGGUGCUAUUCAUGCCCUAUAUGGGUCGCUUUAAGGAAAUGUACUUAGUAACGUACUUUGUUGGAGAGGGAUUGAGUGGCUUGCUACCUAGUGUUGUAUCGCUCAUACAAGGAAUAGGUGGUGACACUGUGUGCAUCUUGGUUAACACUACCACAUCCGGUGAACAAAUAUACGAGAAAAAAACUCCACCUCCACGCUUUAGUCCCAUGGAGUAUUUCCUUUUCAUAUUCGCCACAUUUUUAUGCAGUGUAAUUGCGUUUACGUUGUUGGAUCGUCUAAAAUUAGCCAAACGUGAAUAUGCAGCAGGUCAAAUUGAUUUUGGUAACAGUUACAAAUAUGAAGAAAACAACGGAACAAAUACUACAGAUGAUGUGGCUAACGAAGCUUCAGAGAAGCAGGAAAAAUCCACACAAGUUUCGUCAACAGAAUACAUUGUGCUAUUGUUGCUCAUUGGUUGUUUAUCAUUCUUUGCCAACGGCAUGUUCAAUUCCAUACAAUCCUACUCGAGUUUACCGUAUGGCAAUUCAGCGUACCACCUUUCGGUAACAUUAAGUGUGAUUGCUAAUCCUGUUGCGUGUUUUUUGGCAAUAUUUAUACCUCAUACAUCGUUGCGUCCUAUAUAUGUGCUGUGCUGCUUAUGUGCCACUUUAACAGUCUACGUCUUCGUUACAGCUUGUAUGAGUCCAUUACCACCAUUGCAUGGCACAACAAUUGGAUCCACCAUAGUGAUUAUUACAUGGACUCUGCUGGUGGGUCUAGUAAGCUAUACCAAGCUUUCUAUUUCGUCGGUAAUGCGUGCACAGGGCGGUCGGUCACUGGUAUGGACUGGUGGUCUAACUCAAAUUGGUGCUUUAUUAGGAUCGGUGCUAAUAUUCAUUUUAAUAAAUUAUACUGAUAGUUUUCAAGAAUCAAAGGCUAGUGAAUGCUAAUAAAAAAGACAAAAAGAAAGUGUAUACUUAUAUGCACCAUAUAUGUAAAUAAUAUGU